AUGGCGGAAGAUGUCGAAGAGAUGGUAGGAGGUCUGCCAACAAAAGGGGAUGAUACCCGAGAGAUGAAGCACGCGAAGGGUUGCGCGGCCCAGCACGCCCUCCUUGGGAAAACCAGAAGGCCGAGAACCGCUUUCACGUCGCAACAGCUACUCGAAUUGGAAAAACAAUUUCGACAGAACAAGUACCUUAGCAGACCGAAGAGAUUCGAAGUGGCCACUUCGUUAAUGCUCACGGAAACACAGGUGAAAAUCUGGUUUCAAAAUCGGCGAAUGAAGUGGAAAAGGAGUAAAAAGGCGCAACAAGAGGCGCGGGCGAGUAACAAGGUGGAGGACGGUGGAGGGAACGUGAGGAACAGCGAGAGAGAGACCGGCGGCGAUCCGAAUCCGAAUUCGCCGAGUCCACAGGAGGAUGCCAAGGGGACGACUCUGCAGGAGGCGCAGAGGAGCACGACCGAGCUUCAGGAGCCGCUCUAUCGACCUUACGUGGUAUAAAACACUGACCAAAACGAUCGACCCACGCGGUGUGCCAAAUAAGAACCAACCGACGACGUCGAGUUGCCACUUGGCGUCAUUUUUGUCGAUUCAAUCCGUCGUUGAUACCUUUGAUACUUUGGUGUGAUACGUUCGAUCGUUUGUCGAGUAAAAAUUUUUUUCAUACUACACACGACGACAACAACAACAACAGCAACAACAAGGUUAGUCUCGUUUGGAAAAACAUAUUUGGAGAGAUGUAACGUGCAAAAUGGAUUGAAUAGCGAAGCGAUCGAUCGGAUUUUAAAAGACAAAUCGCGGAUAGUGUGCAUGUAUAAUAUAAGUAUUGCACUGUUGUUACACGUGGCAGAACUUGUAUGUAAAUAUAGGGAACAAUACGACGAAUAAUAUAUGCAUAUACGCACACACGCAC